GUUUAUUUUUAUUUAGUCGCAUUUCUUCCGUCGUGUAGUCAACGUCGUUUCGCUCCGCGCGUUCCAAACAAAAUUGUGUGUGACCUCAACUUGUGUAGUUCUGUGUAAAUCGAAGUGCGUUCAAUAUGGGGUGUGGAACGAGUUUUGCUAAAUAUGUGCUGUUUUUCUUCAACCUGGUUGUUGCGAUCUUCGGAAUAGCCGUGAUCGGUAUCGGAGUAGCUGUGCUCCUAAACUGGGCGCCAAUCAAGGAUGAGCUGCAAGGCCACCUCACCGUCGCCCCCUGGGUGUUCAUCAUCAUUGGAGCCAUCAUGUUCAUCAUUGCUUUCUUCGGAUGCUGCGGAGCGAUACGGGAGAGCCACUGCAUGGUUGUUACGUACGCAAUCUUCCUGCUAGUCGUGAUCAUAAUGCAAGUGGUGCUGGGAGUCCUGAUGUUCACGUUCGCGGACAGUCUGAAGGAGGGCCUGGUGAAAUCUGUGAACACAGUGUUCGACAAGCGAGCUACCGACCCAGCAGCCAACACCGUUUUCGACAAUAUUCAGACUCAGCUGGAAUGCUGCGGCAAGUACAGCGCCGCUGACUACGGUCUAGUCCUGCCUAACUCCUGCUGCUCCCGGCUCAGUGCGAUCGGUAAAGCGUUGCGCGACACCUGCACUAUCGCAGACGCUAACACCACCGGCUGCGGCCCCAAGGUCGCAGACCUAUAUGAGAAGUGGAAUAAGACUAUCGCUGGAGUGGCUAUUGGGGUGGCUUGUGUUGAGGUGGUCGGAGCACUGUUCGCGCUGUGCCUCGCGAACUCCAUCAGGAACAUGGACAGAAGGUCUUUAGGCUACUAAUAUUUAGUACAUUAGAACUGGUACGCGUAAAAGGUGGCUCCAUAAUCGACGAUAGAAUAUUUCAAGCGACAUACCCAUACUUUAUGUACAAUUUUUAUAAGAUCACACGAAACCAAACCCCACCUUUGUUAAAUCUGUUACCAUUAAAUUCUACGCAUGCAACUGCUGUUACAGGCGAAAGAGUUUUUUUGUAACCAAACACGUUCGAAUAUUAACAAUUAAAUAAUUUGUAUGUUUUUAAUUUAAGUAUUAUUUCUCAGUUAAUUCUCAAAUUAUAUAAUCUAUGUUUGUCUAGCAUUUGCGCCUUUGUAAAAAGCUUAUGCAUCACAUAUUCUAUUUUAUGGAAAAUUAAAAUUUUUAAUGUUAUUAAACCCUGAAAAAUUAAAGUGAAUAAAAAUGUAUCAUAUAUUUUUAUAUUUCAACUAAACUAUAUUUGUUUUCUAUUAUAUUAGUAGCAAGCAAGCUAUUAAUUAAUUUUUUUCGUUUCUAUUUAGUUGACUUGCGCUAAGUGCGUCUGACUUUAGUUACGUAAGUAUUGUUAGGUUAGUUAAGCUGUUUUUAAUAUUACGACAUUGAAAUUAUAUUGAACAUUUUUCUUUAAAUUUGUAACUGUCUAUACGUCCAUUUUACAAGUUAUAGAGUUUAAAUAUUUGUAUGCAUUUCUACAAGAUUUGUUAGAUUCACAGAUUGUAAAUAGUAACUGAUACAUCGGGAGCAAAUGAAUAUCUAUUUUAUUUUGAAUCUCUUGUGCAUUUGCGAAUACUGCUUUUGUGGAUUAAUAUUAUAUUAUUAAUUAAUAAAUUUUCAAAGACAA